CUGUUCAGAUUUGCGCAGCCUGGACAGCCAGUGCCAGCAGCCCUACUCUUGACUGUGGCUAGCCAUGGGCCAUGAAGGGAGCACACCCAGGACACCUUCCUAUUGGAGCUGACACCAAUCUGUUCAGGAUCCAGGCCUCCAUUGGCUGCGUAGUCCCACCUCGCCAUCAAGUCGGGGCGCUUUGCUGCCAGCGAGCUGCAGGUGCAGAUACUGUGCCCAGAGCAGAAGGGGCAGCCGCUUGGGCUGCCCGAUCGUGUGCGACUAUUUGGCGUUGCUUCCCAUUCGUGCGCAUUGCUGCAUGAUGAGCAGGCCUCUGGGCACAGCCACCAGACUUUGACAAUGCUGCCAGCAGUGAAGUCUUCGGGCCGCCUGUCGCCGUUCUUGGUGGGGUGCCAUUGCUGUGUGAUUUCUGGGCGCGUCACGGCCAGAGAUGGCCGUCCACCGUAUGUUUUGCUGCCAGAUGCUGCUGAUGUCACGUGGAGUCUGUCGGUCUGCUGGCAGGUGCGCCUGGUUGAUAUCGAUCUCAACAAUAUGAUCCCUCUAUGAUGCCUCGUGCUAAGGGCGUGGGUGCGAAGC